AUUACAGCUAAUCGAUUACUGUAUAGAGUUGUUUGUUGAUAUUGAUAAAUUGUGUUGUGUUGUUGUUGCAGCGUAUUAUUAAAACUACACUUCUUUCUGCAGACAAUGACCACAAAUCAUGCAAGAUUCAUAGCAAGAACUGUUAUGGUGAAGAAUGGCAAUGUUGACGACGCCUGUAAGCUGUUAAAUAGAAUUUUGGGGAAGGAAGGCAUAUUUGAUCAGUUCAGGAGGAUACAGUAUUAUGAAAAACCAUACCAAGUGAGAAGAAGAGUUAACUACGAAAGGUGUAAGGCAAUUUAUAAUGAAGAUAUGAGUCGCAAGAUACAAUUCGUUAUGAGAAAAAAUCGUACGGAACCCUUUCCGGGAUGUUAUUAAUGUAGGCCUUGCAAUAUCUUGUUUUCUGUAGUGUCAGCUGCUUUGUUGGUAAUGUUUCUCAUAAAGUUGGUUUAUUUCUUUCGCAGUUGUUAAAGAAAUGUUUGCCAGGAAACUGUAGAAAAAAAUCUGCAAGUUUUGUGAAUGAAGUAAUUUAUUAAUCAGUUUCAUUGGUUUCUUGUAUGGGUAAAUUAUAUUAAUAAGUCAACCGUUGUAAUGAAGUUGCUAGUCUUACAUUUUUCAAGUGCUAUUUGGUCACUGAAAACUAAAAUAAUACAAAAAAAUCAGAAUUUUUGUAAAAAGAGUGUGUAUUCAAGAGAUGGAAAUUAGUGGAGCAUGUGUCAAUAUUACAGUCAUCUGCAAAGACUGCUAGUGGUUUUUUUUACCCAAGCCUAUCUGUAAUUAAAGAUGUUUUGAAAAAUGAAUCUAGUGUACCUUACCCAUUUUUCUCUACAUGUGUGAGAUAAUAUUAAAAAUUUGUUACAAAGAAUGAUUUAAUAAUAAGUAAUUGGGAAAUUA